UCAAAAUACCCACGUCAGGAAUAUAGUUUGUUUCGCAAAAAAAUGAAACCAUUAUUUAAUUCAAAGUAAUUUGUUGGUAUAUAAUUUAUAAAACAUUCAAGAUGAAGACACGCUUUAAUACUUACGAUAUAGUUUGUAUGGUGACGGAGUUACAAAGGUUGAUUGGCAUGAGAGUGAAUCAGGUGUAUGAUAUAGACAAUAGAACAUACAUUAUAAGGCUCCAAAGGUCGGAGGAGAAGUCUAUCUUGCUACUGGAGUCGGGAAACAGAUUUCACACAACACAUUUCGAAUGGCCCAAAAAUGUAGCACCAUCCGGCUUCACUAUGAAGCUGAGAAAACAUCUCAAAAACAAACGUCUGGAGAAGCUGAGCCAAAUAGGGAUAGACAGAAUUAUUGACAUGCAGUUUGGGAGUGGAGAAGCAGCUUACCAUGUGAUACUGGAGCUGUAUGACCGAGGAAACAUUGUGCUGACUGACUGCGACUGGACCAUUCUCAAUGUUCUGAGACCACAUGUGGAAGGAGAUAAAAUAAGGUUUGCAGUAAAAGAAAAAUAUCCACUGGACAGAGCAAAGACAAGUUAUGAAGCACCAAGUGAUGAUGCACUGAAAGAAAUACUUGGCAACAGUAAACCUGGGGAUAAUUUGAAGAAAAUCCUUAACCCUAACUUAGAAUAUGGUGCCUCAAUAAUAGACCAUGUGCUGCUAGAGAAUGGUCUGUCUGGGAAUAUGAAGGUGGCUCAGGAUCCCAACAAAGGGUUUUUCCUGGAGAGGGAUUUAGACAAAUUGGUGACAGCCCUGAAACAAGCUGAAGCUAUAAUGGAAGAGGCCAAGAGUAGAAUAGCAAAGGGCUACAUAAUCCAGAAGAAGGAGGAAAGACCAAACCCUCAGGGUGGAGAGGCUUCGUACUUGCUGACAAACCAGGAGUUCCAUCCCAUGCUGUAUUUACAAAAUAAGCAGCAGCCAUUCACAGAGUAUGAAACUUUUGACAGAGCAGUAGACGAGUUCUUCUCUGCUCUUGAAGGACAGAAGAUCGACCUUAAGACAAUCCAAGUGGAGAGAGAAGCAAUGAAGAAACUCCACAAUGUAAAGAAAGACCAUGAGAAGAGAAUAACUGAACUACAGUCAGUGCAGUUGGAAGACAGGAAAGCAGCAGAGCUCAUCUCAAGAAAUGAGGAAUUAGUGGAACAGGCCAGACUGGCUGUGACUACUGCUAUAGCUAAUCAGAUGUCAUGGGAUGAUAUAAAGUUGCUUGUGAAAACAGCUCAGGAUAACAACGACCCCAUAGCAUCCUCCAUCAAAGGGCUGAAGCUGAACACCAAUCACAUAACGCUGCUGCUACGAGACCCGUAUGAGGAGGAAGACGAUAUCAAACCAAUGCUGGUCGAUGUUGAUCUCUCGCUAACGGCACAUGCUAAUGCGAGAAGAUACUACAACCAAAAACGCAGCGCCGCCAAGAAGCAGCAGAAGACUCUGGAAUCCGCGGACAAGGCGCUCAAGAGCGCGGAGCGGAAGACCAAGCAGACGCUGAAGGAGGCGCAGACCAUCAGCACAAUCACCAAGGCGCGAAAAAAUUACUGGUUCGAGAAGUUUUACUGGUUCAUAUCAUCCGACAACUUCUUGGUGAUAGGCGGUCGCGACCAGCAGCAGAACGAGCUAGUCGUGAAGCGAUACAUGCGGUCAUCUGACGUGUACGUGCACGCCGAUCUCAGCGGCGCGGCGUCUAUAGUGGUGAAGUGUGCGGGCCGCCCGCCGCCGCCGCGCACGCUUAGCGAGGCGGGCCUAGCCGCUGUGGCAUACAGUAUGGCGUGGGAAGCUAAGGUGGUGACGCGCGCGUGGUGGGUGUGGGGCGCGCAGGUGUCCAAGUCGGCGCCGACGGGCGAGUACCUCACCACCGGCUCCUUCAUGAUCCGCGGCCGCAAGAACUACCUCCACACAGACCACCUGCAGCUCGGCUUCAGCUUCCUCUUCAGACUGGAAGACAGCUGCAUCGAGCGUCACCGCGACGAGCGACGCUGCAUCGCGGCGGACGAGAUGUCCGACGUCACGUCACAGCAGACCGAGGUUGAGGAGGACCAGGAGAUUGUCGUGUCUGAUGACGAUGAACAAUCUGACAAGGAGAACAGCCCGGACCUAUUACCUGUCAUUGCGGAAGAGAUCACCGCGCUAGAGCUCAAGAACGAGAAGAGAGAAAAUAAAGAAGAGAAAGACGAUGAAGAGGAGAAAGGUGAUAAAGAGGAGAAAGAAGAUAAAGAAGAUGAGGAGAGCGAGUCGGCCAGUGACAGUGACGAUGAUGUCCUGGAUACACAUAUUAAGAUCGACCACGGGACGGGCGAAGUGAUUGUUGAGUCCAGAAAUAGGACCUCAUCUGACGUCACAGCCGAGGAAUCGGUGUUCAACUUCCCGACUCUACCGAAAAAGGGUAAGAAACCGCAGAAGAAGCCGGCGAAACAGCAGGAGAAACCCAAGGACGGGCUGAAGCGCGGGCAGCGGGGGAAGAUGAAGAAGAUCAAGGAGAAGUACAAGCACCAGGACGACGAGGACCGGGCCAUGAUGAUGGAGUUCCUCAAGCCAGCGAAGGAGAAAGAGUCUAAGAAGGCGGCGAAACAGGCGACGAAAGUGAAGAGCAAAGGGGCAAAAGCUGCGAAGAUCCCGCAGCCCGCGCCCAUGCUGCUCGAGGGGGACUCCGACGCCGAACUCGAGCCCGAACUGGAGCCCGAGGCCGAGGGUGCAGUGGACGUGGAUUCGGAGCUGCUGAGUCAGCUGACGGGCGCGCCGCUGGCGGAUGACGAGCUGCUGUUCGCCGUGCCUGUCGUCGCGCCCUACGCCGCGUUACACAACUACAAGUACAAAGUGAAGCUGACACCGGGCGGCAGCAAGCGCGGCAAGGCCGCUAAGACCGCCCUGGCAGUGUUCCUGCGCGACCGCACCGCGACGCCGCGAGAGAAGGACUUACUUAAGGCGGUCAAAGAAGAGAACGUCGCGAGAAACUUCCCCGGCAAGGUUAAGCUGUCCGCGCCGCAGCUGCACAAGCAUAAGAAGUAGUGACGUCACACAUGUCAAAAUACAGUGACGUCAGAAUACUGUGAUGUCAUGAAUCAUGAUAGUGACGAUAUUCAACAUUGAUGUCUUAAUACAGAAACGAUGAAUACGACGAAUACUGUGAUCUGUGACGUCAUAAAAUACUUAAGUAUUUUGAAAUCUUCGAUCUGUAAUGUUUAAUUAACUAACAAAAGACCCGUGACGUCGCAGCUCAAGAAAACGAGUACUAUCACGUUUUUAACGAUCGCUAAAU